AUGAACACUUCACCUACGCGUGUACGGCGCAAGCCGAUACCUGUCGUCUCGUCGCCGCUGCCGCCUCCUCCUGAUAACCGACCUGAUAUGCAAGGGAACAGACAUGAGUCUGACAAUAGGGCCGUUCAGUCUCCAGGUGAGAUCGUUGUGGUGCCGGCAACAAAGGCAAGGACAACCUCCACUAUUCUUGAAGAACCACCACACCAACCUAAGCCAAAGAUAUCAAGGUCAAAGACAUCCGCUGCUUGGGAUCCAAUAGCGCUCCACUGGCUCACUCUGGUAACAUUCUCGAUUGUCUUCAUACUGAUGCUCGCUACCGUCAUUGUACUGUUUGAAAUCUCGAGAUCGGAUGAGGGACUCGCCCACUCCAAACCCUCUUAUCACUACGCAUGGACAUACGGUCCCAUGGCUUUACUGGUGGUUGUUGCAGGGGCAUGGUAUCAAGUUGACUAUCAAUGUCGGAUGCUUGCCCCAUGGAAGUCAUUGGCCUCUGGACCAAAGCCAGCUGUGACAACAUUACUCCUCGACUACAUAUCGCCGAUGCCUCCAGUUGCCUGCUUCCAAGCCGUGAGGAAUCGCGAUUGGGCAGUCGCUGCUAGUUCUGCUGCCGGUAUGCUUCUGGAUCUUGCCUUGGUCUUCUCCACGGCUUUGUUGGUUUUGAUUCCCGUAAGGAUCAGCCAGGAUGAUAACCAUAUCCCACUCACAACAAGUUUUUCGAACCAAAAUAUGGUCAACUACAGCGGUGACUCAGCGGCAGUGAUGAGCUACUGGGCUACCCUCGAUCGCGGGCUGGGGUUGCCUUAUGGAUCAACGCAUUCGAACGCGUUCAGCCAGGUCAACUUGAGCAUUGAGGGCCUGCAAAAUGGAUCUCUCGUCGCCCAUGUACCAACAUUCGUACCAAAACUGCGUUGCGAGAGAGCAGAUCUGAAUUUCACCAUUGGCCACAGAAGUGCUUGGAAAUAUGACAGCCCCGAACUGGAUGCGGAGCUCAUCUUCGACCUCUCACAGUCUACCCCGUCCUGCCAGACAAUGACUCUGAACUAUGGAGGACCCAAUAUGCUCCAGGAUGUCGUCCCGCCCAGAAUACUGACCGGCAUAGUUGGGGACGCGGAUGUUUGCGAAGAUCUCAAUGCUGGCUAUGUCCCUCCAUGGACAUGGACAGUACUAGACAUGAGAUAUACACAGAUCUUUGGACCAUCUCAGGACGACACCCUCAAUGUCACCAUGUGGCACGCUGAAUUAGCUAACGCAACUGGCAUCAUGUGCUACCCGAGUUAUGCAAUUAGAUCAGCUAUUAUCACAACUGACACGAACACGGAAAAGCUGAUUUCUCUGGUCGUCGAGGAUGAAUCUCCUACAGAAAAAAUCGAGAAUUUCAACGACACCCUAUUCAGCAUCACCCUCUCGCUUGCAUUGGAUAGACUCUUUCAGACCCUACCACCAAGAUGGCAACCUCUUGAUCUCACCCAACAAGCGAGUGAUAGCGCCGGGUUUACACUGAUGUCAAUGUUGCAACCGGACACUACCAUUGAGAAAUUCCUUGAUGCCCAUGAGUUGAUCAACGCCGCAGAAACUGUCUUCAAUGGCAUCGCGGCUCAAUUUGCACAUAUCGAGCUCUCGACUCCGUCCACUUCCUUCGUUCAUGGAUCAAGGGAAUUUUCUGAGCUUCGUAUCGUUGUCAAAGAGAUGCCAAUGAUAGUGCUAUCUGUGUGCUUUGGGCUGCUUGCCAUUCUUUCUAUUGUCAUCUUAAUGGUUCGACCAAGAGGAGUCGUUCCUCUGUCUCCGCGAUCAUUGAUGGCGAACGCAUCCUUGAUGCAAGAGAGCCCUGCCGUAAGACAAAGACUCUCAUCCUGUGGCCACCUUUCCAACUCUGGUCUCGAGCUUUCGUUGCUUGGAUCCACCUAUCACUCUAGGCUUGACGACGAUGUUACGAUCGUGGUAGAAGAAACGACCUUGCUACAGGACGUGCAGGCUUCGCAGUUGACCUCAUUUGGUUGGUGGCGCCCCUUUGCUUCAAGACUCUACUUCGUAAUCAUCAUAAUCACCGUCCUCUGCGGGCUCAUCUCUGGCUUACAAGUCGUCGAGCACUUCUCUCACCCGACCAGCGGGUUUUUGUAUCUCGAUACGAGCGGCGCAGACGCAAGAAAAUGGUCUUCAAUUGUUCCAACCGCAGUAAUGGUGCUCACGAAGUUAGCAAUACAAUCCAGCGGAGGUGCACUGCUACUCUUCGUCCCUUUUGCGAUGCUAAAACGAGCACGCCCUUCCUCGUGGAGAGCUCUUGAAAGAAGCCCAACGGGCCAGCUUCCCAUCGUCAACCUCUUACGAGAAGUGGGAUAUCCCAAAAUAUCUGUCAUUGUGGUGUCCCUGUCCCUCGUACUUUGCAGCUUUCUUUCCAUCAUAGUGUCGGGCUUGUACACGGUGGCUGAUUGUGACCAUAUCACCAACAAGACUGUUUCAACUUUGGACUACUUUGACUUCAAUUGGAAUACAACAGCCAACAAAUCGAGCCCAGACAAUUAUGCCGGGCUAAAUUUUGCCUUGCUAAACUUGCACAACUUGUCAUAUCCGGCAUGGACGUUUGAUGAGUUGGUGUAUCCAAGGAUUGACCAGUCCACCUUAACAACCGGACUGGAAAGCAGUAUUUUAGCAGGCAAAGUCAAAGUUAGAAUAGAGGUCCCUGCAAUCAGAGCGUCUCUGGAUUGUUCUUUUGCCAUCCCCAGCCGCGCGACCUCGGUCUGGGUGAAGGAUGCCCCCGGUCCUUCGAACGAGAUGGUCUUUGUUCAGAACAACCAGAUAUACGUUCCGCAGGCAUGCUUCCCCAGCUUUGAGCCCGAAAUUAUAAACACGACAACGACCGUCCCGGCCAUAAUUCUCAACGAUGGAGGACAGUACUACAGCAUCCAAAAUGAAUACCCGUGGCCUCCUUACAACACCUCAAGCAAGGAUUUUCCGGGGCAAUGUCCACAAUUUGGCUUCACGUUCGGAUUCGCCGGACCCCAUUCCAAUAGCACCGAUAACGUCACGAGUAUAACUUGCUACCAACGCAUAGAGCGGGUGCAGACACUGACCACUUUCGUCCUUCCGGAAUGGACCAUCGACGUGAUGUCUCGGCCCGUGGUCGACGAAAAUUCAAUACAGACCGUGGUCGAGUACGCAGACUACUUUUUGGGAGACAUCUUUUCGGGUGGUCUAGGGGAAGAAACUUACGCGCCUCUGGAGCCUUUUUUCAUCAACGUGAUCAACGGGAGUGAAGGGGUCCCCGAGGCAGAUAUGCUGGGCCCCCAGAACCAGGAGAGAUUGCUUUCUGCCGUACAGCAUAUUUACAGGAAGUACAUGGCCCAAGCGAUACAUUUGAACAUGCGUAAGGACGUCACGACGCCUUCGACACAGGCACAGACGUAUACUGCGUCGGUGGUCGACGGAGGCAGAAUGUGUCUGUUUCAAAACAGAAGUCCCAAAAUCGUAUUGCAAGCCGUCCUCGGCACGAUCCUGCUCUGUAUCCUGGCGGGCUGGGUGCUCAUCCCGACCCGUCAAGUCCUGCCUCAUGACCCACUCUCGAUCGCCGGAACUUGGUCACUGCUUGCAAAUGGGCCAUUCGGACAAGGUAUGGCACAUCGCGGUCGGGUGGUGUCCCUGGACGUUAGUACGGCUUUCCGGGAUGCACGAAAGGGGAAAUCCAGGCCACGUCUGGGCUUCUGGUCGGAAGGUGGGAAACCCGUGACGAUGGAAAACGGUGAAGAGCAGCUAUCGCGACGAUAUCAGAGCAACAAUGAUUCCAAGGUCUGGUAUGGCAUUGGGAUUGUGUGUGACGAACAUGAUGUAGAACACGGUGAAGGUGAUGAGGAAGAUCAGGCUCCAGGACCCGAUCAUCCUUUUAUGGAGCACCAUGCUAGUGGAGCCAGUCAAGAUGAGCCAUGA